AUACAAACCACAGCAGAAUCAUGGAGCUUGUGGCUGUUAUGAAGAGGGCCUUAUCACCACUGUAUGAGGAGAUUUUACAGGCUUAUCGUAACCACUUGGAACUUCUAGCUGUAGUGGGAGCCUUGUACACGGCUCAGAAAGGCCUUAAUGUGCUGUGCGGCUGUUACCGUGCAAUCAAAUUUCACAUCAGCAUUCGUAUGUUCAGUAAAACUUUCCUGGCCAGACAAUAUGGAGGGUGGGCUGUUGUGACUGGUAAGUUUGCAGCAAGCCAAGAAUUGGAUAUAGCAAAUUGGUUAACAUUUACAAAGUAUCUCUCUCUCUCGUUUGAGUACUCAAUAAGAACAUGUUAUUUGGUGUUUCAUGUUAGUUAAAAUAUGGUAUGAUUAGUAAGGAUCAACAUAAUUCCCACACUCUGAAUAUAUACUUGAUUAGAAACAUUGCCUUAUUAGAAUUUAAAACAUUAAAUGUGUUCCACUCACUCCUAAACCUUUUUUUCUUUUUGCUUAUUUUUCCCUCAGGGGCCACGGAUGGUAUCGGGAAAGCAUACGCGGAAGAGUUGGCAAGCUUUGGCAUAAAUAUCAUCCUGAUCAGCCGCAAUAGAGAUAAAUUACAAACAGUAUCUGAGUCCAUUGCUACAACCUAUGGAGUUAAAACCAGCUUCAUAGAUGCCGAUUUCAACAAGGGCCGUGAAGUGUUUCCUGCCAUUAAGGAGGCCUUGAAAGAUGUUGAUGUUGGCAUCUUGGUGAACAAUGCUGGGGUGUGCUAUGAGUACCCCCAGUAUGUAACAGAUGUUCCAGAGGAUAAAAUUUGGGAGAUCAUCAAUGUCAAUAUUGCUGCAACCACUAUGAUGCUGCACAUAGUACUGCCGGGUAUGGUACAGCGAAAGAAAGGAGCAAUUAUCAAUGUGGCCUCUGCUAGCGCCCGCAUAAUAUGCCCUCAAUUAGCCAUAUAUGGAGCUUCCAAGGUAACUUUGUGUAUCUAUUAUUUCCUUAUGGAUUUUUAUUAUAUAAAAUACAUAAGCAUGUACAACCUACUUCAAUAAACUUAGAGACUGUAGAGAAAAUCUGUAAAGACAAAUAGACAGAUUAGAAAAAUAAUGAAACUGUAAUAAGGGAGCUGAUGCGGAAGGUUCUAUCAGACACACCUCUACCAUACCACCCCAAAAUGUGACUGGUCCUCAAUCCAAAGCUGCUCUCUCUCCAUCAGUGGAGUCCUCCUUUUACAUGGGAUUGAAUUUUAUAAAUGACCCUACUCCUCAUUUCUUCUUUGUUUCUAUCUAUACAGGUAGGUUCAUAGCUAAAAGUUCAAAGUAAAGGACAAGACUACAUGUACAAGGAACAUACUCAAGACAACCAACAUUUAAGAGACCUAAGAGACUUUUUAUGCUGCAACAAUAACCAAAGCAGGCCUCGAUUUAAUUUUGACCAAAAACUGUUGAUAAAUAUCAGCUGUUUUUGGUUGUUUAAUUUUUAAAUUUAAUUUCAAAAGGAUUUAUUUAAGCAGCUGUACCUCAUAAAUGGGUACGGUGUUUGAAAUGAAACCAAAAUUAAUGCGCUUUGCAAGCACCAGAGCAGGAUUAACUGUAAAGUGACAAUAACAGUGGUUAAGCAAUUACCAAGGGCCCUGGGGUUAAACAAGGGUGACGGAAUAAGGAAUUUGCUUUUGGCACAAGGUAACUCUUAAAACUCUAUCAUGCCCAACCCACCAUGCCAUGGGUGGCGGCAAAGCUAUUAAACAGCAAGCAACCUUUGACUGUUCACUGCAAUUUAUAAACUAGUAAUUGGGUAACUAUUGCUGCUCAGUCCCUUUAAAAUACAGGGGGAUCUGGCACAGGUGGAGGCUUCAUAUUAAAGAACAAUGACAGAUCACUUAGAAGUGACAAAUCACUUGGAAGCAGGGGCGGGCUAGGCCGGGGGGCAGGGAGGCAAUUGGCCCCCAAAAUAAUUUUAAAACCGGGCACGGCGGGCCAGUCCUAAUGCUGCAGCGGCCUGAGCGCUCUGCUAAGAGCCUCUGGCGGCUGCAACACAGCUUCUCCCCUCCCCUUCCCUGUAGCGUGGCCGAGCUUCUCUCCGGUCCACGGUGCCCGGCCGGAGUGAUAGGAAGGUGCAAACUCAGUGUGCACUUCCUGUCAGUCCGGCCGGUUACAGGAAACAGAAACUCCUGUUCCGCGCGGAGUUUCUGUUUCCUGUAACCGGCCGGACUGACAGGAAGUGCACACUGAGUGUGCACCUUGCUAUCACUCCAGCUGGGCACCGCGGACCGGAGAGGAGCUCGGCCACGCUACAGGGAAGGGGAGGGGUAAGAAGAGGGGGUAAGAAGAAGGGGUGGGGGAAAGAAGGGGAUGGGUAAGAAGAAGGGGUGGGGGUAAGAAGAAGUGGAGGGGUAAGAAGAAGGGGAGUAAGAAGGAAAACCGAUGAAUCUUUAAAUUGCUUUCCAUCCAAGAAGUAGUGGCCACUCAAGGACGAAGAAGGGCAAAGAAGAAGGUGGGGGGUAAGAAGAAGGGGUGGGGGUAAGAAGAAGAGGGGGGGUAAGAAGAAGAAGGGGGUAAGAAGAAGAAGGCAAGAAGAACAAGGUAAGAAGAACAAGGGGUAAGAAGAAAGAAGAACAAGGGUAAGAAGAACAAGGGGUAAGAAGAACAAGGGUGGGUAAGAAGAAGAGGGGGGGGUUAGAAGAAGGGGAGGAAGAAGAAGGAGGGAGUAAGAAGAAGGAGGGAGUAAGAAGAAGAAGGAGGGAGUAAGACAAAGAAGGGGGUAAGAUGAAGAAGGGGAGUAAGAAGAAAAAGGGGGUAAGAAGAAGGUGGGAGUAAGAAGAAGAAGGGGGUAAGAAGAACAAGUGGGGGAGUAAGAAGAACACAAGGGGAGGGGGAGAGUAAGAGUGAGGAGAAGGGGAGAUGAGGAGAAGGGGGGACUGAGAAGAACACAGGGAGGGUGGGUGGUGAGGAGAACACAGGGAGGAGAAGGGGUAAGAAGAACACAGGGAGUGGGGAGAGGAGAAGGGCAUAUGAGGAGAACACAGGUAGGGGGAGGUGAGAAGAACACAGGGGGUUAGGAGAACACAUGGAGGGGGGGAGUGAGAAGAACACAGGGAGGGUGGAGGGGAGGAUGAGAAGAGCACAGGGAGGGUGGGUGAGUGUGAGAAGAGACCGCUAGGGGAGGGUGGGGGAGAGCUCUAAGGGACAGAACGGACAGCUCUAUAGGACAGGGGGCAAGAUAGGGAGCUCUUUCACACUACGCGCACACGCGCACACAAUGCAUCCCUAUACAUACACUGAAACACACAAUGCAUUCCUACACACACAGAAACACAACAUGCUUCCCUUACACACAGAGAAACACACAAUGCAUCCAUUACACACACAAUGCAACCCUUACACACAAAGACAAUGCAUUCUUUGCACACAAACCCUUAUACACACAUGCAAACACACACACUGCUUUUCUUACAUACACACAUAAACACAAUGCAUCUCUUACACACAGAUACAGACACCCACCUUGCAUCCCUUAUGCAUACAAACACAGAUUCACACAAUGCAUCCCUUAGACACAACCAGAAACACACAAUACAUCCCUUAUACACAAAUAAACACUGCUUCCACUACACACAAACACACUGCAUCACCUACACAAACUGGUAUUCCUAUACACUACAUACCAUAAGCACACAUAUUAUAUCCUCUACAAUAACACACAACACAUCCCCUACACACACCACUCCCUGUGAGCGAACUCAUGGGUGGAACAUAUAAGUGGACUUAUGAGUGGGCCUUAUGGGCAUACUCACCAUUAGGCCCUGGGGCCCAGACCUUGAGCUGUGUAAGGGGCCCCCCAAAAAUGGAGCUGCUUCCAAUUCUCCCAGAACAUUGAAUUUUGUGACCACAGUUGCAAACAGCCUCCAGAUAUCCUGUUCUACACCAGACCAGUGGAGCCAAACUGCAGCCCAUCAUCAUCCUCAUCUGAUUGUAAGUAGGCAAUCUAGUAUAUUAUUUGUGACACUAAUCUAUAAUUUACCUCACAUUAAAGGGACACUAUAGAUUAAUGAAGUGGUUCUGGUGUCUAUAGCCGGUCCCUGCAGGCGUUUUAAUGUAAACACACACUGGCGUUAGUUCAUAUGGCAGAUCAUAUCGGUGGGGCAUUGUGAUGUCACAUGGGGGGGCGGCACAUUUUUUUUUUGCCUAGGGCAGCAAAAAUCCUUGCACCGGCUCUGAUCCUGGGCAGGUGCACCAAUCUACUGGUGACCCACAGGAGGGGAGUGCACUGAUUGCACUGCACUCUCCUCCUGCCCAGACCCGUCUUUACCGCAGUGCAAGUGCCCUCUGCCCCUAAUUUACAGUGGCUCACACUCACAGCAAGCAGUGCCUGGAGCCCUUUGCAGAGACGGGAACAAAGAGGUUCUGCGGCAGCUGGCCGUCCUGCAAACAUUACAUUAACCAGCUGUUCCCCAUGCAGCCACAGGUGGCGCUGUGCUGGGAGAAUGUGAUUACUCUUCACUUCCUCCCAGCCUACAGAGCAGCGCAUGGGAGAGAGAGAGGAGGAGGCAUGAUCUUACAACAAAUCCACUAAGCAAAUCUUUAUAAAUUUGGGGGGGGAUCAGCUCUGUUUCCACAGUUUAUUGGUGUUUACUCUGAUGUCUGUAUUAAUAUUGAGGGAUUUCUAAGUAGUAACAUCAGUGUGUGUCAGCAGGGCCAGCCGUUGGGGUGUGCACGCUGUGCGGUCACGCAGGGUGCCAUGACAACAGAGGCUCCCGGCGGCCAACACAGCUCACAAGUUGGGGACACCAGCAUGUUCAAUUUAAAUGAUUCGCUGGUGGUCCACUGGUGCGCACCAGCAGUAGGUGCAGUCAGAUUAUAUCCUCUCCCUCGUGGUUCCGGCGGUCAGUUAGUGAGUCGGAGCACAGGCUCGGAGAUUCUCAGUCUGCGCUCUGACAACAUUGAAAGUCAGAGCCGUGAAGGAGCGAGUAUGGCAAAGAGCUACUGAUUAGCAUAACAUCAAUAUCCGUUAUAAAACCAGGAAAAGGUGGACAUGGAUGGUGAACUGAUUUGGUGGUGCAAUGGGCCACUUGACUGGUUUUGCCCCCCAGACCUAACGCUGCCAGCCCUCCCCUGCUUGGAAGUGAGAUUUGCCUGUCAGAAAACUUACAAGCCAACUAAUUCAAGCGCUCUGACUGAGAUUUCAUAGCAUGAUCAAACUCUCGAUAGGCCAACAUGGAUUCGUUUUUUUGCAUCAGGGGUUUAUUUUUUGUAUUAUUUUAUUUUAACAGUAGCGGGACUUUAGGAAUUUUUGAGGCAAAAAAAUAAAAAGUUUUAAGAAAAAAGAAGCCGUCUAAUGGAAAGUAUUUUUUUUGUUACAGUUAUUAGGUUUAUUGGACCUAAAGACCCAACCCACCGCUCAUGGGUGGGAGCUGGACAGGUAGAACAUUCCAAUUUUUAAAAUCAAACCCAUCCACUUACCACAGUUGGGGGCUGAGGGGGCACCAUGUUUUCCACGAUUAUCUUAUUAAUAGACCCCACUGUGGGUGCAGGGGUUGUCAACCCCCGCUCCCCCUGAUAAAUUACAUUAAUCGGUCACUAGUCUUUUAUGACAGAAAGCAACCGCUGGCAGCUGGCUGAUUAGUGAACAUGCACCGGCCACGACAUGGCAUGUUUGAGGCAUAGGGUAUGUUUAAAAAAUCCAAUGAGGGUUAUUAUGACCCUUAGUAUAAGCGAAGUUUUAAACUUUUUUCCCGAUGGUUGCUAAAUUUGCGGACAUCUGUUUAACCCCUUAAGGACCAAACUUCUGGAAUAAAAGGGAAUCAUGACAUGUCACACAUGUCAUGUGUCCUUAAGGGGUUAAUCCGACAGCCCCAUUUUUUCGGUUGUUAAAUUUUAUAAUUAAACUACAAUAGUGUGUGAAGCAUAUUGAAACAUCUUCACAAGGAAAGGUGGAUAAAUAUAUCUGUUUUUACAGGAACAUCGUAAUACAAAUCAAUAACAUGGUGUAAAAAGUGUUUAAAUAGUCCUGACUGUAUCAGUAAUUUUAUCUCUUAACUAACCACAAAUAGCUUUCUUGCUUUCAGACUUACCUGGACAAUUUAACUGAAGCUUUAUACCAUGAAUACUCUUCCAAAGGAAUUUUUAUACAGAGUCUGACCCCAGUUUUUGUGGCUACAAACAUGAUAAGGCCAAUGUGUACAUUUUUUAAAAGAACGUCCAUACUGGUUCCACUAGCAAAAGACACAGCCUAUAAAGCUGUAAGGACCAUAGGACUAUGCCGAAGGACAACAGGAUCUUAUUCUCACUCACUCCAGGUAAGGAGAAGUGGAAGUAAAGUAAACAAUAGUGGUGACUGA